AUGUCUCUCGACUUGGAGAAGCAUCUCGUCUUCUAUGGUUCUUACCACAACAAUGCUGUAAAUGUUGGCAUCCAUAUGGUCUGCGUACCAAUCAUACUGAUGACAAGCUUUCUGCUGGCAGCAAACUCGGGCGUCCUGAUCGAUCUACCUCAAUGGCUUACCCUCGAAUACCUACCUCUCAACAUGUGUACAAUUGGUGCGAUCAUCUGGGGUGGUUUCUACGUUUUGAUGGAGCCUGUCGCCGGCGGCCUCCUGUGUGCCAUCUGCCUGGGGAUGGCAGCUGUGGACAAUUACCUCUACUCGGUGGACUCGAAGACUGCAAAUAUUGUGGCUGGAGCCAUCUUCCUUGUGGCCUGGAUCCUCCAGUUUGUUGGCCAUGGGAAGUUUGAGGGAAGAGCCCCUGCGCUGCUCGACAAUUUGAUGCAGGCCUUGCUCCUGGCUCCGCUCUUUGUCUGGCUGGAGCUCUUGUUCUAUUUCGGCUACCGCAAGGAGCUCCAGCAGCGGGUGGAGAAGCAGGUGGACAGAAACAUCGCUCAGUUCAAGGCGGAAAGAACAAACAAGAACGGCAAGGCCCACUGA